AUGGACGACCGCGACAGGUACAGACAUGCAGAGGUUAUCUGGAUGGACUACCACGACAGGUACAGACAUGCAGAGAUUAUCUGGAUGGACUACCACGACAGGCACAGAUAUGCAGAGGUUAUCUGGAUGGACGACCGCGACAGGUACAGACAUGAGGUUAUCUGGAUGGACUACCACGACAGGUACAGACAUGAGGUUGUCUGGAUGGAUGAACACGACAGGCACAGACAUGAGGUUAUCUGGAUGGACGAACACGACAGGCUGGUGGUUUCUAGUCCCUUGGCUGAUGUCGUCCCCCACAACACCCCUCCACCUCUCUUGGACAUCGAGGGGAACCUAUGCCAUCACAUCCCUCCUGGACUCCUGACGGCGUGGGGGUUGGCUCCAGUACCUGGUGGACUGGAAAAGGCUCAGCUGGCCCUGUCAUCUCCCUCUGGAUCUGGGUGCCCUGACAGCUGCCACUGUGUGUGGGAGAGCAAUAUGGUGCUGUGUACAGACGCUGGGCUCCAUGAGUUCCCCCAGGGCCUUCCUCCGGACACCGUCACACUACACCUGGAGAGAAACUACAUCCGCUCGCUCCCCGAGGGAGCCUUCAGGGAGCUGACCCACCUGAGGGAGCUGUAUCUCUCCCACAACCACAUCAACACCCUCUCCUCCGGGGCCCUGCGACACCUGAGCUCAGAGCUCCGUCUCCUGGACCUCUCCCACAACCUGUUACGCCAGGCCACCCGGGACGAGAUUGGUUCCACGCGGGCCAAAACGCGCCUCUACAGCAACCCGUGGCACUGCGACUGUACCCUGCAGGAGCUGAUGGAAACGUUAAAUCUAGAGCCGGAGACGGUCAACGGGAUCGUGUGUGAGAGCUCAGUGAGGGGCUCCGGGGAGGGGAGUCGCUGGGAGGAUCCAGGAGGGGCAGCGGAGCACUCCGGUCAACCCCUGGUUAAGCUGCUUAACUCUGGGGUGAACUUCUGUAGUCUCCAGAGGAAGACAACGGAUGUAGCCAUGCUGGUGACUAUGUUCGUGUGGUUCUUUAUGGUCAUUGUUUAUGUGGUCUACUACGUGAGACAGAACCAGGCUGAGACCAGAAGACAUCUGGAGUAUCUGAAGAGUUUGCCCAGUCCGAAGAAAACACCCACGGAGACAGACACGAUAAGCACUGGUUUCUGAACUAUUUAUUUAUUGCCCCCAUUUAAGGCAAGUUAUUGAGAACACAUUAUUUUUAACAAAAACAACCCGACCAAGAGAAGGCCCAAGAGAAGGCCCAAGAGAAGGCCCAAGAGAAGGCCCAAGAGAAGGCCCAAGAGAA